UCUCAAAGCAAUUUGAACUCUAUCAUCCAUCCAUUUGCAUAAAUCUCAAAGCAAGCAAUGAUCUAAUAGUCGAUGAGCGCGAAGGAAGGUGAAUCCUUGUUUUGAUACAACUAUGUAUGAUCCUGUUCAUUGGGCCACUUAUGGCAACCAGUAGAUUACAGGCUCGUGCAGCCUAGGACCAAUGGGCCGCCUCGACUCCGCCGUCUUUUAGUCACGCCCUUGCCGUCCUUCUCACGCUGAUAGCCAGAGACCCAGUCUCCCUCGCGCCCUCGACUCCCCACCCAUGGCGGCCGCCUCCUCCUCCCCCUCCACCACCAUCGCCGCCGCCGCCAACCAAAGAAACUCUCUUCUCUUCUCCCCCAAAACCCUAAAUCCCCGAAACCCAUCUAUCCUCCUCCCCAAAUCCAAUCAAACCGUCGCCCCUAUCUCCAUCUCGAUCACCUCCCAGUCUUCCAAGAAAAGAGCCUCCUUUCCUCGAAUCAGAGCCGGCGGCGCCUCCUUGGAUCCCGAUCCCAACCCCUUCUCCCCCGAACCGCGGACCCUCAAGUCCCGCCUCGCCGCCGGCGAGACCCUCUACGGCCUUUUCCUUUUGAGCUCCUCCCCGACUCUCGCCGAGAUCGCUGGCCUUGCCGGCUACGACUACGUCGUUGUCGACAUGGAACACGGCCCGGGCGGCAUCGCCGAGGCCCUCCCCUGCCUCCGCGCCCUCGCCGCCGCCCGCACCCCAGCCAUCCUCCGCCUUCCGGAGCUCUCCGCCGCCUGGGCCAAGAAGGCCCUCGACCUCGGCCCCCAGGGCCUCAUGUUCCCCAUGAUCGAGUCCCCUGCCGCCGCCGAGCUCGCCGUCUCCUUCUGCCGUUUCCCUCCGCGCGGCGUCCGUGGAUCCGCCCACACGGUAGUGCGCGCCUCCGCCUACGGCAUCGACGACGGCUACCUGGCGCGGGUGGAGGAGGAGCUGCUGGUGAUGUGCCAGGUGGAGACGGCGGCAGGCCUGGCGGAGAUCGAGCUGAUCGCUGGCGUCGAGGGGGUGGACGUGGUGCAGAUGGAGCCGCUGGAUCUGAGCGCGAGCAUGGGGUAUCUGUGGGAUCCGAGGAACCGGAAGGUGAGGGACGCGAUAAAGGAGGUGGAGAGGAAGGUGCUGGAGAUGAGAAAGAAGCUGGGGGCGGCGGACGGCGCCGGCGAGAGGGGGGCGUACUUGGGGGGGUUUGCGAUGCCGCACGAUCGACCGGAGAAUCUGAAGAUGAGAGGGUAUCAUAUGGUCGCGGGGGCGGUGGAUGUGGGGAUUUUCCGGCAGGCGGCGGUGGAGGACGUGCGGCGGUGGAGGAGCGCGGAGGUGGACAUCGGGGAAGAUGACGACGGGGAGGAGAAGACAAAGGACGAGGAAUACUGGAGCGAGUGAACUGAGUUGAUUCUACUAUUUUUUUUCAAAAAAAAUUGAGUGAGUUGCGGCUUUUUGGGUUCAUUUUUUAAAGUUUAGGUUAUGUAUAAGAAAAAUGAAAGUGUUUGUUCAUGAGCCCAUUUGGGCGUCUGUUUGUCGUCGCGACAAGCAGAAUUUUUUUUGGAGAAGAAAAUAGAAUUUCCCAUCCAAAUAAACUUCUGUGAUCGAACUUUAUAAUCUUGCA